GAGAGAUAUAAAAUCUAUCCCUUUACUCAUAGCCUGGUAGCUGGAAGGGACAGAUCAUCUUGAAAGACUUUUAUUUAUUUUAUUUUCACGUCUACCAGUUUGAUACGGCUGAGAUGGUGCCAGAGGGGCUUAUAAACCCCACCGCUUCAGAGGUGGCAGCUCUAUCCCAUGCAGAGAGUCUUUGCCAGCACUUUGAAUGCCUCAAACUGUGUGGAGAAAAGGGAGAAGAUGAGAAGCAGAUCAUGCAAAGUCUCAAUGUUGUCCUGCUGGCACUUAAUGAAGACAUGCAGGCAUCAGCCAAACUAUUGACGGACUAUGAUGUCUUACCAUCACUAGCGAGAAUCCUAAAAACAAGUCAAACAUGUGCAGAAAAGACAGCUGAAGUACUGGCAGAGCUUGCAAAAAAUGAGGAAACGAGGAAACCCUGCAUUGAAGCAGGUCUGGUGAUGGUGCUGCUACCUUUGCUGCAGAGCUCAGAUCAGGAGAUGCUGCUUCAUGCUGGCAAAGCCAUUGGUCGCAUCUGUUAUGAAAACAAUGAACUACAAGAACAUUUGGUCGAGCUGGAUGUCAUCAGUUCACUGGUCAGGAUACUAACCGACUUUCCAGAAAAUGAUGCGCUGGUGCGUGUGGGUCUUUUGGCCUUGUCCAAUCUGGCGGACCUAGAAAGUGCCAAGGAAGCUUUAAGUAAGACCAUGGUUGUUGAGCAGCUGGUAAAGCAGCUGAAGAGAGCAGAAACCCAUGAAAGAGUUGAAAUUAUCAUUGAGGUUCUCCAGAUGCUGGCAGAGAAUGAACCCCUUAAGAUACAGCUGGUAGAUGCUUCUGUCCAGGAGACACUUUGUAAUAUCCUUCAAAGACUACAAGACAGCUCUCAGACAGAGGAUAUGUGUACAAUGAAGUCAUCAUCAGACCUUAUUGUGUCACUGCUUCUUGGUGAUGAAUCCAUGCAGAAACUAUUUGACAAUGGCAAUGGAGUUGUUUACCAAAAUAUCCAAUUAUGGCUGACCUCACGGCACACCCUUCUUCAAAUGACAGGUGCACUUGCUAUUGCUAACUUUGCAAGAAAUGACAGUAACUGUGUACGGAUGGUACAGCUUGGAGUUGUCCACCAACUUUUAGACCUAUUAGAACAACAUGUUGAGAAUGGAGACGUGGCUGUACAGCACGCUGCUCUGAGUGCACUGCGCAAUCUUGCCAUACCAGUGAUGAACAAAGUGAAGAUGCUGGAAGAAGGGGUGGCAGAUCGGAUCCAAAUGUUACUGCGCUCAGAGAUGCCUCCAGUGCAGUUCAAACUUCUUGGUACACUAAGGAUGCUGACUGAUGGACAAGCUGAUACAGCAAGGAUUCUAGGACAGGAUCCCAAGUUCCUGGCAAGACUUGUGCAGUGGUGUGAAGUGAAGGAUCACAUUGGUGUACGAGGAGAAGCAAAUCGUUUGCUGGCAUCUCUCCUGCGACACAGCAAAUCUCAAGAUGUUGUAAAAGCCAUUCAAAAAGCCAAGGGUGUUAAGCAUCUGGUAUCCAUGACAACUAGUGAGCAUGCCAUCAUGCAAAAUGAAGCCCUUAUCGCUUUGGCCAUCGCCUCUGCAAUCAACCUUGAAAUAGUUGAAGAAGCCUUUAAAGAGACGGACUUGGUAGCAAUCAUAGUUAAAGUUUUGCAGGAUGAAUCAGUGGGUCCAGAGGUGAAGUACAAUUCAAUGGGCCUACUGUGCAGCCUUCUAGACUCAGAUGACCUGAGAAAAGAAAUGGAAACGGUCAACUUGAAGGAGACUUUGGAGAAACUUUGCGGGCACAGCAAUAGCAAUGUGGUCAAACAAGCUAACACAGUCCUGCAGAUAAUGGCAAACACCAGCCAGACCACUGGCCACUUUUUUGCAUAAUAUUUAUCCUUUAGCAAAGCAAAAUGUAGCAAGCCUGCUCCUGCACCCAGCCAUCAUAUUUUCCGCAAACAGCAUAGCAUUAUCUUAUGCUGAUAAAGUAGUAUAUUAGCUAGAAAGAAGAAACAUGCAACAAAAGACCAUCAUUCAUGGCUAGCUUAAUAGGUGGUAUUGUUAUGACCUGCAGUGCCUGUACAUCUUAAUAAGUACAAUAAAGUACAACAGAAUUGCAAAAUAUUAAAGAUGAAUAAAUUCUAAAAGAUGUAUGGGAAGUGAAAAAAAUUAGUGUGUGCAAACUAAAGUAACCCA